UGUCCCCUUGGCUAAUAGAAAGUUUGGUGUAUUCGUGUUUUUUGUUUACGUGUUUCGCGUUGUGAAGUUAUGGAAUUUGGUUUGUAAAACCAGUGUAAGUUAAUUGCUGAACUGCGAUCGAUUCGUUCUCGCGCAAACGAAAUGUCAAAAGUAUACUUACAUUCGUGACGAACAACCGAUUGGUUACGUGAUAUCGUGUGCAAAGAAAACCUUCUGCGCGUGUAUAUUGCUCCAGUGGAUUUUCUUACAACGCUCUCGAUAAACAGAAGCGAAUGAUUCCAAGGAGUGAGGGAACGAAAAUUUGGUAUAAUCUUGAAAAAGUGUCGUCCCUAAAGUGUCCAUCUACUAAAACAUUUCACGCACCUGACAAGUGCGUGGAAGAGAAACUAUGAACAUCGCUAGAACUCACAAACGGACGUAUCAACCGUUGGCCCAAAACGAUUUCGAAGCCACUCAGUAUCAGGUGUCUGGUGGUAGUAGCGAUUCCGAGUCGGAAGAGUACGGUGAAGGUGACGAUAAAGAGUCCGCACUAACCACAGGCCACAGAUGGUUGCGGUCGACGCGCGGUGUCAUCGUGGACAUUAAUCCACUGCGAUCUGGUGGUGUGGCGAACAAGAAUACGGAUAUGUACGAGGAACUUGUCAGUUCUGGUAAACGAAACCUCCGACGGUACCUGCUGUUGGGUACGGUUGCGGUAAUACUUACUGUAGUUGCGGUCGCACUAGUCGUUAUUCUAACUGCCAGCAACGAUGAAGAAAAUGGUCCAGAAACAGCUCCCAUCAUACGGGAGGGUGAACCGAUCACACUGCAAGACUUUCUGCAGGGCCGUCUAUCAGCUAGCGGGUUUACCGGUACCUGGGCCGCCAACGGGAAGAUCAUCUUCCGCGAUGAUUUCGGCUCGGUAAUGGUGUACGAUCCGGAGCAGAACGACACGAAGACACUGCUCGGAAUCGCCAACGAGGAGCAGCUGCAGGGUUUCAAGUUUGAUCUCUCGCCGGACGGCAAGUAUCUGCUCGUAGCGCGCGGAUACAGUAAGAUCUUCCGGCACAGUUACUUGGCGGUCUACGAUAUUGUGGAUAUGACAACCAAGGAAAUCAUUCCAGUGAAUGUCGGCGGACAGCGGCGUGCCCUAAAUCUCGUCGAAUGGAGCCCUGUGAACCACUCGUUUGUGUUUGUGUAUCAGAACAAUCUGUACUAUCGAGAAACACCGACUUCCGAGGAGGUACAGAUCACUACCGAUGGUAGCCCAAGCGUUUACAACGGCAUUCCGGAUUGGGUGUAUGAAGAGGAGGUAUUCUCCACCAACAUUGCCACCUGGUUCUCGCCGGACGGUGAGCGUAUCGCGUUCAUCCGCUUCAACGACACGGAAACACCGCUGAUGAAGAUUCCGAUCUAUGGACCACCGGGCAAUCCGGACUAUCAGUACCCUCGCGAACUUACGCUACACUAUCCGAAAGUGGGCACCAAAAACCCUGAGGUGCAUCUGUUCCAGUACGAUCUGGGUGCGCGCAAGCUGCAGGAGAUUGAACCACCGACCGAGCUGGUUAAUCAGAACCGUGAUCACAUCAUUACAAGUGUUGGCUGGACGCGCGAACGGCUUGUCACGAUCUGGAUGAAUCGUGUCCAGAACCAUGCGAUAAUACGUUCCUGCACACCGGAGGUUGUGGUCGGAACUCCCCAAUGUAUGACGGUGCACGAGAUUAAAGAAUCGGAUGGAUGGUUGGAUCUGUUCAGUGCACCCAUAUUUAAUGGUGCCGGAACACACUUCCUCGUCAUAGCCUCCUCGUCGCAGGGUAGGGCCGGUGGGUUUAAGCACGUCACCAUGAUCUCCACCACGGAACGUUCGGCCGUACCAUUGACCAAGGGUACGUUUGUCGUGCAGGAAAUUCUCCGAUGGGAUGCGAAGAGUAAUAUGAUCUUCUACACGGCAAAUACUGCCGACGAGUCGCACGUGUUGCAUGUGUACGCGCUGGAAGGACGACAAGAUGCACCGGCUGCUCAGUGUUUGACGUGUGACGUAGAGGUGGGCGCUAACCAGAGUUUCUUCAAUGCGCAGAUGGGUCCGGCCGGUAGCGACUAUUUGGUGUUGGAGGCGCGCGGUCCCAACAUACCCUGGACCCAUGUAUACCACUGGACUGUAGAAGAAAAUGUUGUCCAGCUGAAGCAGAUUAAGGUGUGGGAAUCGAACCGACAUCUGCAACGUGCACUCAAAGGGAAAGCAAUUCCACGUGUGGAAAUUCAUGAGAUCGAACUCGACAAAGGAUUUACGGCGAAGGUAAUGCUUUUGAUACCACCAGGUACGAAUACUUCCAGCUCAGCAGUAAAGCAUCCGAUGCUGGUGGAUGUGUAUGGUGGUCCAAACUCGGCCAAUGUCGUCGGCACUUGGUCGAUCGGUUGGGGUACCCAUUUGGCGUCGAACCGUUCGGUCGUGUACGCUAAGAUUGAUGGUCGCGGUAGUGGACUGCGCGGUGAUCGGCUUAUGUACCAGAUCUACCGUAAGCUUGGUACGGUCGAGGUACAUGAUCAAAUUGCCGGCGCACGGAAACUAGCGGAAACGCUUCCCUUCAUCGAUCCGGAACGGGUUGCUAUCUGGGGCUGGAGUUACGGUGGUUACGCAUCGGCAAUGGCACUAGCGCAGGACACCGACCACGUGUUCCAAUGUGCCGUCUCGGUGGCACCCGUUACCGAUUGGCUGUUUUACGAUUCCAUCUACACGGAGCGUUACAUGGGACUGCCGGCGGCAACCGAUAAUCGGCACGGUUACGAAGCAUCCCGACUCACCGCACUGCACGAAAGGUUCCGGAAUCGAACGUACCUGCUGGUACACGGUACUUACGAUGACAAUGUCCAUUUCCAGCAGGCAAUGCAGCUUUCCCGCGCACUCGAAACGCACGAUAUCAUGUUUAAGCAGGUGAGUUACCCAGACGAAGAUCACAGUCUGGCAGGUGUGCGGCCCCAUCUUUACCACACGCUUGGUAAAUUCUUCAGCGAGUGCUUAAAGUUAGACUAAUGUGCGAGAAGGUUAGUAUUGUGUUCGCAUUCCACAACUCCUGGUUCUGAUUUUAACUUCUCGUCUUGUCGGAGAGUCGUCGGUUUCCUUUGCAGUGAUUGUUUUUUUUUAUUAAAGUGUUUCUAAUGGGGAUGCUACAUGCAUAAAAAUGCUUAUGCCUGUACAUACUAUAGUUAAGGCUAGAGAAAACAAAACAUCCCAAGUUGAAGUUGUUUAGUGGUCAGUCCCGCCACCAAGGGGAAGCAUUUUUGUCCAUGUGAUUGUGGUAAUAUGUUUUAAAACUGUGUACAUAUUGAAGCAGAUGUAUUAAAAAUUGCAACCAAUGCAGUGUGAAAAAGAAAGGAAAAUUCAUCUGCAGCUUGAACAGUAACAGGGACAACACAUACACAGAGCAGAUCAGUAAGGUGCAGCAGUAAGUACAACGUGUUUGUAAAACACUAGUCAAUGAACGUAUUUAACGUACGUCACAACCGCAUCGCGUAAAAUUUUAAGGGGGUGGAAAUACAAUAUGAUUAACAUUAUCCCACAAACUCCUCUUGAAAGCAGUGAACGUUUACAAAAAACAGUAGAAUGUGGUACUAAGAAGAAGGGAGUUAGAAUAUAAAUGUUUUGUUUUACUCGA